UUCGUCGACGAGCGUCGCACCGUGUGUUCGCGCCGCGUACUUCUCCUGUCUCUCCUCUCUCUUUACCGCUUCUCGCAUCGUUCCGUAAAGUUGACGGUUCGCGUUGACACCAAUUGCGCUUGGCAUCGAGCGCGAACGCGAGAACGCCGGGACGGCGGGCUAAUCCGAUCGCGCGAUUUUCGCGCGUUUCCUGAUGUUUCUUCUCUUUUUUUUUUCCUCGACAAACGAAUUAAAUUUUAUCUCGAUUCUGACAGUCCAGUGAGAGAAUCUCUAUUUUUUUGUUGUAACCGCGGUCAAUAAUAGGCCGGUGUGCCGCGAGUUCGCGUGUUCGUUGGAUCGCCGCGAUUUGCGGGAAACUGCGUGAAGUCACUGUUGACUGGCGUUUCCACGCGUCGGCGGCGGCCGUGCUGUCGAUAAAAAUCUUCAUAUCAAUGGAACGUUAUUCCGCGCUGUGAUCCAUCAGUUUUCCGCCGGGCAUCGACUGAUUUCACGGGACGAGCCGCGCGAAAUCGCGGCUCGCGUCUUCGUAACUUUGCGUCGUGUCAGUUUUAGGGAGUAGAUUCGAUUUAAAAAAAAAAUUCAAGUUUACCGACUCCGCGCAGACUUCGUAUGAGCGUAUUACUAACCGCCGUUGUCACCGCACCGCAUCGCAUCCGUGAGAGUGUAAGCGAAGGGGAAUAAACGAGAACAUUUCCAACAACGUUGGUUUUUGCGUUAACGUAAAUCGCGUAAAAGCGAAACUUGGUCGAGCGCGCGGUUUUGCUGGGCUGGUCGAUGCCACUGCGAGGAUGCUGGCGUGCGUCUAUCCGCGAGAAAACUUCGAGGUGAAAACCGUGGCGGUAAAGCUCCAUCACGGAAAAUCCAAGAGGAAGUCCAAGUCCGUCCCGUUGAGGGAAAAACUUCCUUCGGACACCGCAGAGACGGAAUGCAACAACGGCGGGCGAGUAAGCAGCGAGUUAGCAGUGGGCGGGGGUGGUGCUGUGCUGGUGCUCAGCGAACUUGAAAGCAUGGCGGCCAGGCAACAGCGGGAAAUCGCUCAGCAAAGGCGCCUCCUGGAGCAGAAAGAGGCCCGCUUAGCCGUGCUUCGAGGCGCACAGGAGCCAGCACAGCAGGACAGACUCGCCAGAUUGAGGCACAAGCUGGACCAGCAACAGAGCAAGCUGAAUCGACUGCGAUUACUCAGAUCGCAGACGGACCAGUCGCGUGUCAACAAUGCGACAUUGACCUCCGAUCUGGACUGCAUCAGGGCCCUGUUCAAUGAGAAGGAGAAGGAACUCUCGUUGGCCGUGGCGAAGGUCGAGGAGCUUACGCGGCAGCUGGAGGAACUUCGAGGUCGUCAGAAUGCUCCCGCCGGCGGUGGAAGUGCCGGUAGCAUCGGGGGCAGUCUCACGGGUGCCACCGGCAAUGGCCAUUUGGUCACCCCGGCCAGCGCCGAACUGGAGAAACUCAGGAGGGAGCUUAUGUAUCGCAACAAGAUGAACGAACAGCAAAACCAAGUGGUGUCCCAACAACGGCAAGCCUUGGCGCAACGGCAGGCCGAGAUGGCGUCGAUAGACGCGCGAAUAGCUCAACUCCAGAGUCGUCUCCAACGCAAGAGAGCAUUGAAUCAACGAUUGACGCAUCAGGUGGGUCCUAACGGCGGCGGUGUCGGUGGCGUUAACAACACAGGAUUUCCGGACACGAAGCUCGAUGGUUUCAACAACAGCGGCAAGUUGAGACCGGCCGGCAACAUCGCCGCGAUCGAGCCGUAUUCGCACAUACCGAACGACAACGAUUUCAAUUUGAACAAAAACGAUCCCAAGUACCAGACACUGCCAUACAACACCAAGUUCACGAUGAACUUCAAGGCUAUAGAGGACGACGUGAACAAAAAUAAAAUACAACACUCGGCAAGCGCCUCCCAGUUAGGACAGCGGCCGACCUUUCAGCAAUACGGACACCAAAUCGUUCACAGUCAGUCGCAAUCGCACAUUCAAGGGCAAUCUCAAUUACUAGGAAGCAAUCAGCAGCAACAGCAGCACAAUCAAAAUCUCGGCAACCAACCCACGACGAUUCAGUCUAACUACAAUAAUAAUAACAACAACAAUAAUAACAAUAACAGCAACAAUCUCAUCUGUAAUACUGCGCAUAGCUUUAGUCCGGACAAUCUGUCGCAAGGUCUUCGUCUUCACCAAGGUCAUCAGCAUCAACAACAAUCACAAACGCAGCAACAGCAAAAUGGCAACCUCCAACAGAAGCAACACAAUGUAACUGGUAUUGGCAGUACAUCGACAACGUCAAAUCUCAUCGGUGUUACUGUUCCGUCGAUCGCGCAAACUGCGCAGAAUCAACAUCGAAAUCUGCAACAGACCGUAGGCGGUCAUCAGAAACCAGUGUCGAGCGUGGCGCCAAGUUUUUCAGUCAAGUCGCAGAUUUAUCAAACCUCCUCGACCAAAAUCCAUCCGGUUAUGCCGCAGACGUUGAGUCUACUAGGUCGCGGACAUAAUAAUGCGGCGCAAAACUACAACAAUCAGCAGUUAGCGACAGCAAACACGCAGCUACAAUCCAGUGUCGGGAAUCAAGAAACGAAUUAUAGACAUGGUUAUCCCGUCGUCCAACAACAACAGCAGCAGCAGCAAUAUCCAAAUCAGACGACCGGCAUUCACACGUCUUCUCCGGCGGCCGUCUAUCAGAUGCAAAGUUCGUCGAAUCUUAUCGGCCUUCAUGGGACCGCCACUACCACGACGACCUUUGGAAACUCCUCCCAAAAGUAUAAUCAGUCGUCUCAGGUGUUGAGUUCUAAUGAUCUCGCGCAGAGCCAGGAUCAAAUAUUGAAUAAUCAGAAAGCCAAAUUCGAAUCGAGUAAGAGUCAAGACAAAUUCGAACAUGCAAUGCCGCCGAGCAAUAAACAUGAACAACAACAGCAACAAAUGAGGUACGAUCAGAAUCUUGCGGGUAAAUACGAGAUCCAACAACAAAACAGCAAGCACGACUCAACUGGAAGUCAAGGGAAACAUGAUCAGCAUCUGCACAACGCUAAGUACGAGUCUCAAAAUUCGCAACAGUACGUCAAACACGAGCAGCAGCAACAACAGCAUGAAGGAAGAUUGUCAAAUAAAUAUGAUCCAACGUUCAAGCAUGACCCUUCGAGUGCCAGUCAAUAUAAGCCGGAGUACAAGCCUGAGUCUAACAAGUACGAGAGCAGCGGCCAAAGCAAAUUCGAGAUGGUAUCGGCCAAAUACGAACCAAAUUCCACGACAAAACACGCAAUGGUCGAUCAUGUAGCUGCCAAGUUCGAAAUCCCUACGAAAACACCGGACAGGCCAUUCGAAUUUGAUAGGCUAACGAUGAAGAGCGAUGAUAGGAAGAAUUUUAACGAGUCGCGAGAGGAUAAGACGAAACCGGCAUUACCGCCGAAACCGAGCAAACCGAAUCCACCACCAAGACUGACUCAUCACGAGAAGAUCGAUAUGCCGUCGUCCGAAGGGAUCAACGAAAGUAAAAUGACUAAUGCAAAUCUCAAUUCAAGGUCGGAUAAAGACGAGGAUAUACCGCCAAUUCCUACGUCGGAACCGCCUGAAUCUCCCACAGAGACACAGCUGGCCAAUCAUCAGAUUCUCAAGGCUCGGCCGUUGACGUUAAAAAAAGUACCAAUAUCAGAGCAACCGAAAUUAAGAUAUGCCAAAUCCAAUGUUCACGUGUCGAUAAAUAGACGAAUUGAGAUGCCCCCGGCUUUUCUGUUCCCGGAGACAGAAAUUCCGGCGGAUCUCAUGCAGACUGAACAACAGCAGCAACAUCAACCACAAAUUAUCGACACCACAGACAAUUGUAAGAGCAUUGUCAGCGACGAUAUCGGCGACGGGGAAAGGCUGGAGGAAGCGGACAUCAUCGACGCUCUGAAUGUCAUCAACAUAGAGGACAAGCCGACGAAGAUGAAGACCGACUCGGAAUUAACCGGAGGGACCGGGGGUGAAAUGGAGGUAGACGGAGGCAAAAUAUCGGAGGUAAUGCGGAGGAAAAAAGGAAAUCUCAAGUCGUCGAGUACGGGAGGCGGAGGCGGCAAAGUCAAUCUAUCUAGGCGGGUGUCGUUCGAUCCACUGGCGCUACUACUCGACGCUAGUCUCGAGGGAGAACUUGAACUCGUGAAGAAAACCGCGAAAGAAGUGGCCAAUCCGAGCUCCGCCAACGAUGAAGGCAUCACCGCUCUGCAUAACGCCAUAUGCGCCGGUCACCUCGAGAUCGUCAAAUUCCUUGUAGAAUUCGGCUGCGAUGUCAACGCUCAGGACAGCGACGGAUGGACGCCAUUACACUGCGCCGCCAGUUGCAACAAUCUGUCCAUGGUAAGAUUCUUGGUCGAACACGGUGCCUGUAUUUUUGCGACCACCCUUUCGGAUCAUGAGACUGCCGCGGAAAAAUGCGAGGAAGACGAGGAAGGAUUCGACGGAUGUUCGGAGUACUUGUACAGUGUUCAAGAAAAGUUGGGAAUCAUGAAUAAUGGUCAGGUAUACGCGGUUUUCGAUUAUGAAGCGCAACACGCUGACGAACUCUCGCUGAAGAACAGCGACUCCGUAGUCGUACUUCGGAAGGGGGAUGAUAACGAACGGGAAUGGUGGUGGAGCAAACUCGGACAUAAAGAAGGCUAUGUACCUCGAAAUUUAUUGGGGUUAUAUCCCAGAGUGCAGCCAGCGAAAGCGGUUGAUUAAGAUGCUCGCAGAAUAUCCGACGAUUACCACAGUAUUCGAUUUGCAGCUUUAUCUUGUUAAUUGUUAUAACACGAUACAUAGGCACAUUAGUAGCGUUAUUUAAUAGCAUUGCCAUCCGAGCGGAUACGGAUAUCGCGAAGCGGGAAUCUACCCAUUUUUUUUUAACACUGUAGUAAUCUUCUAAUUACAACGUAUGACAAUUUUCUUGUAUUUCUAUAGCUUGUAAAAUGAGAUUGCGUCAUCGUAGAUUUCAAUCGGCGGACGGCUGCGAUUUGCCAUAAAUCUGCGAGCUGAACGAUUAUACAGAUACACACGUCACCCGUAAUUAUUGACGAUGCAUAAAAACAUGGCAAUGCAUUUCUUAAUAACUCUUUCUCUCUUUUCACGUUUUACACAGGGCAGAUGUUUUAAUAACGGAUUGCACAACUAUUGGCCGGUCUAUCCGAUUUUACCGCAUUUGUCACAACUUAUAUAGUUGCACACAUUCUCAACUCAACUUUCUGUUCGAAAGUUUAGUUAAGAAUUGAGAGACUUCCCAUAUCUCCCAUUUACACACUCGUAAACCAUCAAAUUAUUUAUAUAGCGACAUGUUUUUAAUAUAUAUUAUUUGGAUAUUGCAAUUUGUUUUAAAAAAAGAAUUUUAUUAUUACAGGCUUUCCUGGGACUGACAAAUAUACACGCAUAGCUUUAAUAUUCGUGAAAUUUCGAGAUGAUGUUUAUUAAUAAGGACUUUCCGCCCUAUGUAGCAAGCUAAGACACGCAAAUAAAUUAUAAAAUAUUAUUCGUUAUUUAAUGUAAAAUAUUUUACUUUUGUUUUUUAUACUUAUAAAAAAUUUUAAUUUACGAUUAGUUUUUAAGAUAUUAAAUAUCUGAAUUUUAUAAGUUGCGAAAGAAAUAAUCGCGCGCGACAUUUUCCUCACAAACAAUCGUCUCGAAAUUUCAUAAAUGCUAUACGUCCAUUUUUUUCGAUUUUGGAUUGUCUUGAUUUACGCACAACCAUUGGUUUUUUUUUUACGAGUUUUAUCGCUUUAAUUUGCUUCACCUAAAUGCUCAAGUUUAGAUGAGGUCAGAUUAUGUUGUUACAUUUAUUUGCCCAGGAUAUUUUGAUAUGUAUUACUGGGGAAAGAGACCCGCGGACUUCGCUUUCGAUCUCCGUUUAUAUAUUUUUUUUAAGCUGUUCCUAAACAACGCGUAACGUGAUCUUGCCGAUACGAAUGAUGAACGAUACGAGGUAGCGUUUUAAAUGACGAUGUGCAAUCAUAUGAAAAAAACGUAAAUAGGGUAUUAAAGAAAUAUCGAUACGUUUCGAUUACGCGCCCAACCAUACUACUGAUUCGAUAAUGCCUAAAAUGUCGUAUAUAAUACUUAGAUGGGCAUGUACAAAAAAAGGAAUAACGAUCGUCUCUCGAUUGAAUAGACCGCUGUCAGGAAUUUUCUAAGCACCAUCGCUAUUGUACUCUUGUAAUAGAUAUGUACAAGUGUAUCAUAUAUGCGAAUGCGAGCCGCUUAGAGGAUUUCUGAUUGCUUGUCAAAUGACAUAUGUGCCUUUCGAAAGUAAUAAUGGAUAGAUUAUAUAAGAAAAUACGAUAUAUUAUGACGAAUAAAUUGUUUUUAAUAAAAAAAA